CCUGUGUGAAAUGUAUUUCUGCUUUAACUUAAACAUGUAGCAAUGACAUUGGGGAAUAUAUGUAUUGAUAAUGUAAUGUCGCAGCCGAGGCGAAAAUAAAUAUUGAUAUUUAAAUUCUUCUAUACAAAAUACAGCUGGACUGGAAACCGAGAAUGUUUCUUUCCUGUUUACGGAUCUGUUCUCAGCCAACAAGCCACGGCCUUCAUGUCUGCGCCUAUGCCACCGUCAGUAAAGCCUUUAGACCUCGGGAGAAAAACAACAGUGGUCCAGUGUUCCAAUAUGUUGGACAGAACAGAAAGCCUAACCACAAAGUGUUUGUGUGGGGCUUUAGCUUCACCGGAGCUCUAGGGAUCCCAAGCUUUGUGGUGCCGGACUCUGGAAAGAAGCAUCCCCGGAAGCAACAGCUCAGUCCUUAUCGUCUGGAAACAGCAGAGCAGAUCUCUUCUGCUGCUUGUGGUUAUGGCUUCACACUCAUCGCCUCCUCAACAAAAGAUGUGACCAAACUGUGGGGCAUGGGCCUGAACAAAGACUCCCAAUUGGGCUUUCAACGGACGCAGCAAAGUCGACUAAAGAGUUUUGACUACGUUCUGGAACCAUCCCCUGUGCCUCUACCUCUGAGUGAACCCCUGCAGACCAGAGUGAUCCAAGUUUCCUGUGGCCGCGCCCACUCACUGGUACUCACUGAUCAAGAAGGAGUUUACAGUAUGGGCAACAACUCAUACGGUCAGUGCGGCAGGACGAUAGUGGAGGAUGAAGUUUACAGCGGCAGUCACAUCAUUCACAGGGUGGAAGGCUUCGACAGCAGGGUGCUUCAGGUGGCGUGUGGUCAGGACCACAGUCUGUUCCUCACAGAGACUGGAAAAGUGUUUGCCUGUGGAUGGGGAGCUGAUGGGCAGACAGGUCUGGGUCACCACAACAUCAGCUCCGCUCCUGUAGAAGUGGGUGGAGACCUGGCAGGAGUGGAGGGUCAGCAGAUCAGCACCUACGGAGACUGCAGCCUUGCUGUGUCUACAGAUGGGCAGCUGUUUGGGUGGGGGAACUCUGAGUACCGUCAACUGGCCUCCGUCACUGAGGCCACACAGAUCAACUCUCCUCGUCUCCUUCCUCUAAAAGGCUGUGGAAAAGUAGUUCAGGCAGCGUGUGGAGGAACUCAGGUGGCUGUUCUCAACGAGAAAGGCCAAGUUUUUGUUUGGGGCUAUGGAAUUCUGGGAAAAGGCCCAGACCUUAGUGAAACGUCCAAUCCUGAGAUGAUUCCCCCCACACUGUUUGGACAAACUGAGUUCAAUCCUUCAGUCUGUGUCACCAAGGUCAGGUGUGGACUGAGCCACUUUGCUGCAGUUACAGACAGAGGAGAGCUCUUUGUCUGGGGGAAGAACAUCCGAGGGUGUUUGGGCAUUGGCCGGAGAGACGACCAGUAUUUUCCCUGGAGAGUGACUGUCCCAGGUCAAGUAGUAGAUGUAGCCUGUGGAGUUGACCACAUGGUGGCGCUGGUUAAGUCCCUCCUGUGAGCUCCUGUCUCUCUCAGUGGUGGAGGACAGGAGGGUGUCUGGAUGUUUUUUGGCUCAGUCUCUCUCUGGCCUCCCUGUGAUGCUGCAGCUGCUCACAGCAGGAGACGGACAACUGUGUCCUCUCUGUCCCACUGUGACGUCCAGCAGCAGCAGCAUCAGCAGCAUGCAGUCGAUUCAGCAACAUAAAUUGCUGCGUCUUCCCUCAAGGUCACCUGUCCAGACUUCUAAGGACAUCUUUAAUUAACAGCUGCUCUGAGACACUGGGUCAGUUUAUUGAUGAAUUGACUGAUUUUUUUAAAAGACUUUUUCUAAGAUGUGGAAAAAAUUUAAAUGACUUUCUUGAACAUAGACUGUUGUUCAACAGAGGACGAUACUUGAAGACAUGCGAUCAAAGCUGUAAAAUUUUCACUUCAUCAAGUUUCUCAUUAAAACCCACAGAACUAUU